GUGAAACUGUAUCUUCUUCCCUAAAUUCCUUCUGCAACUUCUUCUCUAACAAUGUCUUCUUAUUAUCCCCCUAAUUUCCAUAAUUCUUCUAUUUCUUCUCCUAAUCCUCUAAUUUCAUCUAUCUAUCCUAAAUCAUCUCUCUCCUUAGAGACCCAAACUGCUCCUGAUUAUCCAGAUUGUAGUGAGUUCACUAAAAUUGGUAUCAGAGCAGUCGAUUCUCCGACUUCUUCCAUGGCCGACAUAGCUGCGUUUGAUGAACUGAACCGAAAGAUUGAUGAGUUAGCUAGAACUCAAAAGGAGUCCAACCAAAGACAAGAUGAGCUGGCUAUUAAACACGCAGAUCUACUCAAGAAGGUUGACCAACACCAUGAACAACCAUCAUCAAGGUAUUUACAGUCUAUCCGAGAGUUAUUUCGAUAAUUUCGUGACGAACAUGAUAGAGUUUCUGCUGGUCAAGGUCCUACACCGGAAAGUUCUAAUGAAGUUUAAGAUUCUACUACAACAACAAAUCUCUCUAACGGAUCUGGUGAAUCGAAGAUGGCCGAGGAAGAGAUUAUUACCAAAUUGAAAUCAAUUUCAGUUGAUUCAGGUGAUUUAAGCUCAGUACGAGAAUCAAUUCAAAAUUCUUCAACUCCAAGUGCAAUUGAUGAAGGUGUGCUUGUAUCUGUUGGAAAUGCUGACAAUAAAUAUGGUUGGCAAUUGUUCCUGAAAUUGUCACAAGAAGAUUGCAUCACCAGAUAUGCUUGUGGUCGAUUGUUGUUUGAUCGAUAUAGAAUACAUCAAACCGAUUUGUGGAAUUCUUAUUUAGAGGUGCUAGUUGCAGCAAGUUCAGAAUUAUUUCAGAAAUUACUUAACUAUAUGGGAAGCAAUAAUUAUGAGUUGGUUCAAUUGAAUGCAAGUAGUUACUUUGGUGCGGCUGUCGUGCUUGUGAAAGCAUCUCAAGGAGAUAGUGAAGAUGGUAACACAUUGAUUGCUGACAUAUCACACUCAAUGGUAAUUGAGAAGAUGAGAUAUGGUUUUCUCAAAAUGUUUGUUAGUGUAAUGUGUAGUUUAAAUAGUGGAAAAUGUAUCUAUGGUGGCCAGAAUUUUUCUGGAAGGGUAUUUGAUCGAGGACGAGGGACAUGAUCGAUUAUAAGUAUUUCUACAUUAUGCCUGCAAAUUCUUACUUUUGGUAUGUUUGUUCUUACAGGGUUAACUUGGAUAAAUGUUUAUGAGCUAAUUCUAGCACAUGGAAAUUUUUCAACAUUGUUAUGGAGGUAUCUAAAUGGGUUGGUGUUCGUGAAAAAUAGUGACAGUCAGGUUGUUUGCAAGCUCCAUGAAGAACUAUUGGAGAAAGUUAAUGUUCUCUGUAAUAUUUUUUAUCUGACAAAGGAAAAUGAAUCUAGUUAUACACAACAAAUACUCAAUCAAAUGCCCAGCCGUCAUAGCUGGAGUUUAAUGGUGAUACUGGUUUUGUGCUUUUUCAACAGUGGAUACAUGAAGAACCUACACCCCCAUUACAUUGCAUUUUUGGGUUUUCUACCGCUAAUGAAGGUUGGUUAGAUCAGUUUCGUAGGAAAGUCUAUCAUCCAACAUGGUAUUCACAGGUGAUUACAGUGUAUAAGCUAGAAAAUGUUGUGCCUUGGCUCCAUGUAUGUCCUCUUAUGGUGAUUUUCUUAGUUGCUGAAAUUUAUUGUAAGCUCUUGAAGCUCAGGAGGGGUUAUAGAA